AAGGAAUCCUCUUUCUCUUUCACUUUCGCUUUUGCUUUUCCCUCUAAUUUUCCUCUCUUUCUUUUCUUGCUCUGCUUCACCGUGCGAUGGAGAACAACGGCGUCGUUUCAUUUGAUCUCUCACCGGAGCAUGCGGCGGCGGAGGUUCAUGUCUUGGCCGUCGAUGACAGCCUCAUUGAUCGAAAGGUCAUUGAACGCUUGCUCAAGAUUUCAUCAUGUAAAGUUACUGCUGUUGAUAGUGGAAUCAGAGCACUACAAUUUCUUGGACUGGAACCUGAAUCUGAUGAUUUUGCUCCAUGUUUGAAGGUGGAUCUAGUUAUCACUGAUUACUGCAUGCCUGGAAUGACUGGUUAUGAAUUGCUCAAGAAAAUCAAGGAAUCAUCAUCUCUCAGAGAAAUUCCAGUUGUGAUCAUGUCUUCUGAGAACGUUUUGCCGCGCAUAGACAGAUGCAUGGAGGAAGGUGCUGAAGAUUUCAUAGUGAAGCCGGUGAAGUUAUCUGAUGUGAAACGGUUGAGAGGUUACAUGACACCGAAGGAGGUUAAGACGGCGGAGAGUGGAGACAGAGGAGGUGACUGCGGCGGGGGUGGUGGUGGUGGUGGUGUGGGGAUCAACAACAAAAGGAAGCUGCAAGAAACAUCUGAUCCGUCACCGUCGCCAUCACCGCCGUCCAUAUCCUCAUCAGCAGUUUCAUCAGCAUCGUCACUGUUGGAUUCUUCUUCACCGUCAUCAUCUCCUUCAUCUUCACCCCGAGUGCUUGAUUCUCCGAUCAGACGGCUGAAGAUGACCAGCAUCGAUUGACUAUUAUUGGUUGUGUCAUCAUCAUCAUCAUCUACAUUCUUCUUCUCUGCAGCAUUUUCAUUUCUUUUUCUCUUUUUGAGAUUUCUUGAUUUCCUCUUAUGGGGUUCAAACUGCAAUUACCCGUUGUUUGUAAUUGGAACGGUUUUUGUUGCAUUGCCCUGUUCUUAUCUUUUGCUGAUUUGUUUUGUUCUUGGGUUUAAGUUUUCAGAAUAUAUUAGUAUUGUAGUUUUUCUUUUUGCUUGUUUAUCUUUGGAAGAAAAGGUAAAGAUGAUAUGAAAAGAUUAUGGCCUUUUUAUGUGAAGGAGCAAUAAAAGUCAGAAGGGAAUAAAAUAAUAUACAUAGCAUUGCAUUAGUGUUUUAUAUUGCGCUCGCAGUUACCGCUGCGUCGCAAAUUUGUGAAUAAAUGCGGGUUGAAGUAGCUGCAAUUGCGGUUAUAAAUUUGAAAAUCAA